GCCUUUAUCAAAAUGAAAUUUGAAUAUAAAGAGAAACAUUCUUUUGACAAGCGACGCGCUGAAGGUGAUAAAAUGCGGCGCAAAUAUCCAGAUCGGGUGCCAGUAAUUAUCGAAAAGUUACCUACGGCCCGUAUUAUGGACCUUGAUAAAAAGAAAUAUUUGGUACCAAAUGAUUUAACGAUCGGUCAGUUUUAUUUCUUGAUACGCAAACGUAUACAAUUGCGUCCAGAAGACGCUCUCUUCUUUUUUAUUAAUAACGUAAUUCCACCAAAAGCCGCCACCAUGGGUUCUCUGUAUCAGGAAUAUCAUGAGGAGGACUAUUUCUUGUACAUAGCUUAUUCGGAUGAAAACGUUUAUGAGAAAAGUGACGCGGAAAACGCCAAUUUCCAAUCUACUCGCAACCCAAGGAAGAACCAACGUUAG